AAGUAGAGUUCCACAGAACGCAAUGGAAAUCCAAUAAAAAUACUUGUAGCGGUACCUUCAACAUACAUAAAUACUGAAUCUGAUCGCCUCUGAUGUCAUUAACACCGGUACAACCAUGUCUCGCGCGUUCUUGAUGGUACUCUCUUGCGCGACGCUGUUGGGUAGCGGGAAAGGUCAAAUACCCAGCUUGGGAUGGUGCCCGGACUAUCUGCCCAUGGCAGAUUUCGAUAUGGACCGAUUCGUUGGGAAGUGGUACGAGGCGGAGAGGUAUUUCCAGUUUUCCGAAGUUGCAGCACGAUGCGUGGUCACUGAUUAUGCGAAAGGGCCCAGUGGAAGGAUAUAUGUUUCUAAUGAAGUCACCAAUAGGCUAACGGGAGUUAAGCGAGUGAUAGAAGGGCAAGUAGAUAUGGCUGGGAGGUCCGACGAAGGCAAGCUAAAAGUUAAAUAUUCUACUUCUCCCGUAGCUACGGAAUCGACCCUUACCAUUCUGGAUACUGACUACGACAACUAUGCUGUAAUAUGGAGUUGUAGCGGACUGGGUCCCAUUCAUGCACAGAGUGUCUGGGUGAUGACAAGAGAACGUAUUCCGUCCGGUCCUGUAAUGCAGCGCGCCUACGGUAUCCUGGACAAAUUCAGAAUCAGCAGAUCAUUCUUCGUGAAGACUGACCAAGAAGGAUGCGCACUAGCUGCCUCAGACAUCAACGCUGCCAACGGCAUAACUUCGGUCUCAACAAUAGCCGAAGCGUACGGUAUUCAACAAAGAGACCACCAUGUGAAAGAGGGAAUGGAAAAAUCGGCGGACACAUUGCCAUCCCAGGAAAACACGGAGUCGAAAGAUGAGCAAUCCACCACUGAACCACCAAGUGAAUCACAGACGGAUGGAAAACAGUCUGGUAGCGAUAAGUCGCAACCGCAGGAAGUUGCAGAGGUUAUCUUGCAGAAUGCUUCUACUGAAAGAGUAAGAGAGCAGGAUACAACCCAGGAUACGACACAGAAGGCAUAAAGCUAAGGGUGCGAAGAUAUUUCCUGGACUAAUAGGGAUCAACCAUCAUGCUAGUAAGAAACAACCGUACCUGCUCUAUUUUAACCUGGGGGAACCAUGUGGCUUCCUGUGCAACAUUUCCAUCAUCAAACGAGCAAGAGUGUUCCAACCAGUCAACUGAUGGCUCCUGUAUGAAGACAUUCAUUGUUGCCAGAAGAAUCCUAUAAUUGUCCCUCAAUGCUCGAAGACAGUGAAUCAUGUAUGCUUUGAACUGUCCUCUUUCACCAAAGGGUUCCAUAAUGGAUAUAAUACGAGGAGUGAGUCGCAUCGGUACCAAUUCUGGUAUAGCUUGUAUCUGAGUUGCUGUACCAAAUGCUAGACCAAAAUCAAUGCCGAGUACUUUUCCGCUACUCAAGCAUAUUUUAGAGUUGCCAAGAUGGCGGUCGCCAAUUCCUAGUAUCCAGUGACAGAUGCAGAUGGUGGCGUAGGAUUUUAUAAAGUUGUUCCUCAGAGCUAUGAAGUUUUCUGUGUUUAUGCUUAGGUUCCACAAAGCUUGUCUGCAAAGCAGAAACCGUGUAUUAGAAAAACUGGAUCUUACAUAAUAAAAAAAAUGAAGUCAAGUAA